AUGAACUGUUUAUGGAGAGUCCUGGCUGUUUUCUUACCAUUUCUUCCAAGCACAUUGUCUCUCCAGCCAGCCCAGGCCAAAGUGUUGCUGGUAUCUUUUGAUGGAUUUCGGUGGGAUUACAUUUAUAAAGUCUCAACUCCCAAUUUUCAUUAUGCCAUGGAGAAUGGUGUUCACGUCAAACAGGUCACUAACGUGUUUAUAACGAAAACGUAUCCUAAUCAUUAUACAAUGGUGACUGGUCUCUAUGCAGAAAGCCAUGGUGUAGUUGCUAAUGAGAUGUAUGAUCCUAUUCUGAAUGAAACGUUCUCUUUGAACAGAAUGGAUAUCUACAACUCCAAGUUCUGGGAAGAAGCCACUCCAAUAUGGAUAACAAACCAGAGGGAAGGGCAUAAAACUGGUGCAGCCAUGUGGCCUGGGACAGAUGUGAAAAUACACGGAGCCUUUCCUACGUAUUAUAUGCCCUAUGACUUUCUUGUUUCCUUUGAAGAUAGAGUUGCUAGGCUUGUUGACUGGUUUACAUCAGAAGAACCCAUAAACUUUGGUCUCCUAUACUGGGAACAGCCUGAUCAGAUGGGCCAUAUUCUGGGUCCGGAAAACCCACUUAUGGGACCCGUAAUUAGUGAUAUUGACAAAAAGCUGGGAUAUCUUCUGUCCGAGCUGAAGAAAGCAAAGCUAUGGGAUGUGGUUAAUGUCAUAAUCACAAGCGAUCACGGAAUGUCAGAGUCCUCCUCGGAAAGGCUCAUUGAGCUUGAUCAGUAUGUGAAUAGAGAGCUCUAUACAAUCAUUGAGCAGUCUCCUGUGGUAGCUAUUUUGCCAAAAGAAGGCAAACUGGAUGAAGUAUAUGAAGCUUUGGCCAAUGCUCAUCCGAACAUGACCGUAUAUAAGAAGGAGCAGAUUCCAGAUAGAUUACAUUACAAACACAACAGUAGAAUUCAGCCAAUCUUAGCAGUGGCUGAUAAAGGAUGGGAAAUUCUGUAUAAGAAGUCUGACUUUUUUCAACCUGGUAAUCACGGAUAUGACAACAUUUUACCAGAAAUGCAUCCAAUUUUCCUGGCAGUUGGGCCUGCUUUCAGAAAGAAUGUCACAAAAGAAGCCAUGAAUUCUACAGACCUGUAUCCCUUAUUGUGCCAUCUCCUUGGUAUUAAGCCACUGCCAAACAAUGGUUCUUUCAAUGCUGUGAAAGACCUACUUGCUGAAGAAGUUCCCUCUGGAGCAGACACCUAUGCUACUGUUGUAGGAGUCUUUCUGGGCAGCUUUCUUGUUAUGGUAUUUAUUGCAGUUUUUGUUAAGCAUUUUAUCCUCAUCCAAGCAAACACCAUGCAAAUGCAACACACUGAAGCUGCCCAUCCACUGUUGCAAGAUUAG